AUGGUAAAUCCAAGUAAAAUGGCUGAUAAAUGUUACCAGCCAAAGUUCCAUUGUUUGCGGAGAGAUCGUAAAAAUUUCCCAGAAUUUCCCAGAUCUAGAUUGGAGGAAGGCGGUGCUGGAUCAUUGGGUGGAGGAGGUAAAGAUGCAGUUGGUGGAAUGGCUCGAGGGGGAGGUGGGGAUGCCACCGGAGGUGUAAGGGAUGCUUGCGGAGGAGAGCCUCCUAGUGGUGGUGGCAGCGAAGAUAAAACUGGAGGGGGUGAUCUGGCAAAGGGGCAGAUGGUGGGGGUCAUGCUGGUAGCGAUGGCGGUGGUGAAGUUGAUGGUGGUUGGCGGAGAAGGUGGCAGUGAGGUUGGAGGUGGUGUUAAUACCGGUGAGGGUGAAGCUGGCGGGGAUGGAGGAGGAGCAGCAGGGGCUGGCGGUGGAGGAGACUGA